AUGCCUGGGAUAGGCAAGACCACACUUGCUGGGCUGGUUUACCACGAUCACGAAGUAAGUCAACAUUUUGAAUUUAAGGCCUGGCUUUGCUUUUCUGAAGGCUUUGACAUGUCCUGGGCGAAACGAGCAAUUAUUGAGUCAGUAACUUCACGGCCUAGUGUUACUGUGGAACGAUUGUCUUUUGGAAAUGUAUUGAAGGAGUACCUUAGGGGGAGGAGAUUUCUAAUUAUUCUAGAUGAUAUGUGCGUGGAAAAUAAGAUUGAUCAGAACUGGGACAUCUUUCUAUCUGAUUUUGAAGAUGUGGCAAGUCAGAUUUGUUUGAUUGUAACCACAGGCAGUUUUGGCUUUGCAGCACAAAAAAGCAUUAAUGAUUUUUAUGUGAAUAUGACUCCAUUAUCAGAAGAAGAUGGUUGGCCUAUGUUAGCAGAAUUUGCUCUUAAAUACCAAAAUGAUGAUUCAUAUUUAGAACUAGAAGCUAUUGGCAGAAAAAUUUUGCUGCAGUGUAAUGGCUUACCAUUAGAAGAAAGAACACUUGCAGCUCUCUUGCGCUGUAAGCCACAAGUUGAGUGGAAAGAUGUACUGGAGCACCUGGAGUGUUACAAUACAAAGUUAUUGUUAAAAUUGAGCUAUGAUAAUCUUGCACGUACAAAGUUUAUUUUAAAAUUGAGCUAUGAUAAUCUUCCUGCACAUCUAAAGGCUUGCUUUGCAUAUUGUUCACUAUUUCCUCAGGGUUAUGAAUUCGAGAAAGAGAAGUUAGUCCUCUUAUGGAUGGCAGAAGGUCUUCUUCAGCAGCAAGGAGGAAAUCGAACAAUGGAUGAGGUUGGCGACAGAUGGAAGGAUGAUCAUUUAAGUUACUCCAAAAGGACACGGUAUUUGUCACUUGUAGGAGGUGUACAUGAUAACUCAGUGAUAUUUGAGAGUUACGCCAAUUGUUUAACAACCUUUUUGACCCUAGAUUACAAAGGCUGUCACUUGAGAGAAAAUGAACUAGUGCGUUUGUUCAAAAUGCGCCUCUUACGAGUGCUUUCUUUAUCUCAUUCUUAUAUCACUGAGUUGCCCAAUUCAAUCUGUAAAUGGGAACAUUUACGUUACAUAAAUCUCUCUCACACUACAAUCAAGAAGUUACCUGAGUCAGUUUGUGCUCUUCGCAAUUUACUAACAAUUAUACUGUCAAAUUGUCAGUUUCUUACUAUGUUGCCAGAGGAAAUGUGGAAGCUUCUUAAUUUGCGUCAUCUUGAUAUUAGUGGAACUGCCUUAAGUGAGAUGCCAAAAAAUUGUGCACGCUAA